AGAAUAAAUCAGGUAUUAGAGUUUGUAACCAGUUGCCCCACCCGAUUGCAAAAAGUGGAAAAGUGGAGGUGAAAAAAGUGGAGGCGAGGCAUGACCACUUUGCAACUCUCGUCCAAAUGCAUUAUUUGAAAGAGAAGCCAGAAGGAUCCAUUUUAAUAAGUUACCAAGUGAUUUUUUCAAAGGGCAAACCGAACCAUGCCCCUGAGGCAUUGCACACACCACAAGACAUGUAUACUGUAAUUAUUUCUUGAAUAUAUCGCAAUAAUCGACUUUCGACAUUCUUUUUCCGGCACAUAUUCCAUUUCACAUCAUGUAAAUUGUAAACAAGACAUUUUCAUGACUGUAUGGGUGAAUCAUUUGAAUUUGUACAAAAUACUGUGGUAAAUUGAUUUCGGUGGAAAUGUUAUUCCUAAUGAGUCACAUCAUGUCCUAACGAGUCACCUGACUGUCAGUUUUUAAGUGAAAAUUUGAAAUAAGUUCGGCCAAAGAAUGGCCGGCUUUACUCAUGUCGCAUGGGUUGAUAGUUCCAUUACGGAAGAUCACCUUGCGUGCGACAAAGAAAAUGACAUUUCAUCGAUGGUCCCGAUCGUGGAAGAAAUUUUAAAAUGCGGAGAAUCGUUUGACAAAUCGUCGAAAUCUUCGAGUUACGCUAAACUGCGCGAAUAUAUUAGGAAAGGUUUACCGGCUGUAUUACGUCCGAACACAUGGAGGACACUGUGUAAUUCUAAAAAAGUGGUAGAAAGUACACCAGGUCUUUUCAAUGACAUUCAACAGGAUUUUGAAUAUGCCUUAUUCACGGGAAGUGGUCAGUAUUUCAAUGCAGGUUUCAUUCGCAAACAUUUCCUAACUGAAGAUGGCUGGAAAAAUUGUCAGGAGGUUCUUGCUGUGCUUUCUAAAUUGAAUUGUGAUGUAAUGUUUUGCCCAAUUCUUCAGCAUCUUGUUUGCAUUUUCAUGCACUUUAUGGGCAAAGAAGAUUGUUUUGCAUGUAUGGACUACAUAUUUUCUUCAAAGAAACAUGGAUUGGACAAAUCAGCUACAGCUUACUGCUUGACAGCUAAAACAUUUCAAGAUGCUCUGAAGACAUGGAAGAAACCUGUGUAUGCAUGGUUUAAAUUGAUGUUAAAAGAAAACCAUGACAUUAAAACGAAAAGAGAAAUAUUCUUCGUGCAUUGGCUUCAAUGGAUCUUCAAAUACCUUGACUUCUGGACAUUGGUCCACAUUCUUGACAACUACCUACUUGAUGGUGAGAAAAUAUUUUAUCGAGUCGGCCUGGUUACGUUUGAGCAAGUCUAUAACGAGUGCAAAAAACGAGGAAAACUCGAGGAUGAAGAAAUGGAAACAUUAUUUAGUGAAGUUGUAUCGACAAGGUUCGGGAAAUCGUCGGAUCUUAUCAAUAGAGCUCUAAAAAUCCCUGGGGUGUCAAGAAAAAUACUUGCAGAAUUGAGACAGAAAAAUAUCAUUUACGAAAAAUCUGGAUUGAUCAAGCUUCCCGAGAUAGAAACUGAAACGCUAUUUCGUGGUGUCGUGAAAGGUUCUGAUUUACUCUCCUCAGAUCAGGUGCAGGAUCUGUUUGCCGCAUGUCCUAGAAGAGUACGACAGCUCUGCAAACUAACGUGUGUAUUUUCUACGGAGGUCGACGGAACCAGUUUGACAUCCUUUUAUCGAAAAUCAGAAGCAACUCCAUGCACUGUUCUUAUCGUCAAAACGUCCAAACAAGAGAUUUUUGGGGCAUUUCUAUCAACGCCGUGGAACGAACGAUUUAAUCACAGCAACAGUUUCUUUGGAAAUGGCGAAACAUUUUUGUUUCGUUUCUACCCGCAUUUCAUAAGAUAUACGUGGUGCGGUCUCAGGAAGAAAGCUGUAAACACACCAGCCUUUUUCAUGCUAGCUGAUUCUCAAAGAAUUGUCGUCGGUGGAGGAAAUGGUUGGGGAUUGAGCAUCGAAAGUGAUCUUACACGCGGAAGAAGUCAAAAAUGUGACACUUUUGAGAACGAGCCACUGUCAAGUGGAAGCGACGGUGAAUUUGAAUGUGUCCGUGUGGAAGUGUGGGGCUUGCAGGAGAUGGGUCAUCUUACAACAUAUGAAGAUAGCUUCAAGGAACGCACAGAGCCACCUAGUUCUCUCUGCACCGAUGAUCAACGAGUUGAUUUGGCGGGGGAUGUGAGGCUUACGUGUAAAGAUAUCGACUAAGUCUUUCUGUUGAAGUUUGAAAAUUUUGACAAAACCAACAGCUGAAUUUAUAUAAUUAUCGAUGCAUAUACCGGAAUACUAAACCCUACGAUUGCCAUUUUGGAAACUGUACCUCUAAGCAAUGCUAUAAACAUAAGCGAAAUUUUGCUUGCAUGAUAAAAGUUACACAAUGGAAAUGAAAGUUGAAAAAGAGAAGGAAAAAUUUUCAACUUUUGUAAAGGUAUAUCUGCGUAAAUCUGGUUAUAAUAAUCAUAAGUAUAGCUACCAUUUAUAGCAAACUUUUGUUUGCGCCAAGAAACAUUUUCAUGUCAAACUUUUGUUUGCGCCAAGAAAAAAAUUAAAAAAUGAAUUGAUUCAAA